UACAGGAGAUGACCAAAGACUGUGGAUACAGUACAGGGGAUGACCAGAGACUGCGAACACAGUACAGGGGAUGACCAGAGACUGCAGACAGUACAGAUGAGCAAGAGACUGCAGACAGUACAGGAGAUGACCAGAGACUGUGGACCUUUGGUAAGGGAGGGGGAGCGGUGUGGGCACCCGGCUGUGAUAACCGGGUGCCUAUUGCGCAUGCGCGAGAAGCGCUGUGCUUUGUAAAUGGCCCGGCGUCUUCUUGGGUACAUGGCAGGUUGCAGAAGACGCCGGGC